UAGCCAAUUCUCUUUCCUUCUCUCUGCCUCCAAACGUGUGACUUGCAGGGAGAAGCCGGGACCUGGAGCCAGGGGGACUGCACCAGCAGCUGACACCCCACCGCAGCCAUGAGCCUGGAGCCCCCAAAGCUGGAGAUCAAGUCGGCCACCAGGGUGACUGGAGGGCCAGUCACCCCCAGGAAAGGGCCCCCCAAAUUCAAGCAGAGGCAAACCAGGCAGUUCAAGAGCAAGCCACCCAAGAAGGGGACCCAAGGGUUCGGUGAUGACAUCCCUGGCAUGGAGGGGCUGGGAACAGACAUCACCGUGAUUUGCCCCUGGGAAGCUUUCAGUCACCUGGAACUCCACGAGCUGGCGCAGUACGGCAUCAUCUAGCCAGCCCUGAGCGUGUGUCUCAUGGCAGCCCUCGGAUUGUCACUAUUUAUA